GUGAAAUAUGUUACGUGACCUCUGUUUUUAUACUCCAAUCCAGAGAAUUUUCUCGCUUUCGGGUAUGAAGUUGAACUUUCGAUACAGGUUCUUAUAAUUAUCAUUCGGCCUCUUGUUUUUCGCCAAAAUCAUUACACAGAAUCCUCUUAAGCAACAGAAAAGGGACAAUUUUCCUACUCACUCAGACAGAUCAUAUUUCAGCUGAUUAACCGUGUAUUCCGAAAUACAUUGCGGCCCAGCUGAGUCACAAAUGAUCUCCGCCAACUUAAAUUCGACUUUAAUUUUCAGCUAUCCUCUCCGAGAUAUUUCGUUUUCUAGUAAAGAGUUAGCUUUUGUCAUAGUUAGAUAGUUCUACCAACUAUGCUUUUGUCUUCCACUUUUGUCGUCCAUCCUAUCUUGCCUAGUUCCUAGGCCUCAAUAUUUCGCCGCGGUCAUUCGUUUCGGGUCACGUGGUCCGGGGCGAAAGGUCCAGGAAGUAGGCAACAUACUAUCUACAAUUUCCACUUUCGGUCGAUCAAGCACGGGCUGCUAGCCCGCUCUCGAUUCUGUCGGAGUUCUUACUGUACAUCAAGUUAGAACACGGCUUUGACAGGUAGUCCAACAGAUCCUUGAUCACUGCUGAUGUAAGGAUGACUCUGCAGCCGUUUCAGGACGAGCAUUUGAACUAUUUCAAGUUUGCUUCCAUUGUACUGAAUGAAUUUCCCAAGGCAUUACGUCAUACUUUCAGAUCCAUGUGGGACAACACCUUUGGACAUCUCCCCGGUUUCCAACCAUGGGAUGACUCUAUUGCGGUAAGAAAUCUGUUUCUUACCACAGAGGGUGGCACAACCAAAGUUCCCACAAACCUCUCUUAUGAAGAAUGGGAUUGUACAGCCCUGUUCCAGGCCACUAUUUACGCGCAGUCCUUCGCUUUGCCCGACAGCAAAGGUCAUCACAGGACACUCGGUGAUCUGUAUGUGAAGCCUCAUAAGUUAGCUCAUGGGAGGUUCCAUGUAUCUGUGGUGAGCCCGAGUGGAAACAGGGCAGAAACAUUUGCACUUGCAAUUGAUCAAAUUCGACUGUUAAGAAAUUCGCUUUGUCACUCAACCAGUUCUGAGAUUGUCAAAGCAACCUUUGAUCAAUACGUGCAGCUCUCUAAAGAUGCAUUCAAAGCUCUGGGAAUCAAGGCAGUUCCCAUUGAUGUCAUUGGUGGUUUGACUGAGUCGGACUUUCCCACCAAAGAAGUUCGCAAGUUGGAGCAAGCCAUAAAAGAGGAGAUCCAAACACACAAUAAGUUUCUCGAGGGCAUGAGCUCAGAUAUCGACGAGUUAAGAGCGCUGUCAACUGCAAUGAACGAGAAAUUGGAAAGCGCAGCAAGUAAAUUGACCAACGUUUCCAGCGGUGCUGCCAAAGUAGAACUGAUGAGCGCUAUCGACUUCCUUGUCGACAACAGCAUUUCCCGUGUGGAUUCCUUUUUGGCCAUCGUUGCUAGCAGUUUUACUAAAGGUGUUUUCUUGACCUUCAUCGCCUUGAUCGCCGUCAAAAACAUUCUCCAUGUUGAUUCCUUUUUGGCCAAUGGCGGGAGCAGUGUUACCAAAGGUGUUCUCUUGAUCGUCAUUGCCUUGAUCGCAGAAGGAACAACAUUUCAUAUUCCCCAUGUUGAUUCCCACUUGACCAACGCUUCCACCGGUGCUGCCAAAGCAGAACUGCUCGCGGCUAUCGAUUUCCUCGCCAACAACAACAUUCCCCUCGUUGAUUCCUUGUUGGCUAACGGUGGCAGCAGUGUUACCAAAGGUGUUCUCUUGACGGUCAUUGACUUGAUCGCAGACAAGGAUAUUCCCUAUGUUGAUUCCUUGUUGGCCAACGGUGGCAGCAGUGUUACCAAAGAGAAAGAAGCUCUUGUGUCCUUGAGUGUUCUUCCAGAGAGUUUCGAUCUAAAGGUUGCUGCGGCUGUUCUGAGUAUGUCAAAAAUUCUUGCGGCGAAAAACGUCUUGAAAAGCCUUCGGAGGAGGUCUUUUCUCGAUGUAGGUCCCAAAUCUGGAUUAUUUAUGAUACAUAAACUACUUCAGUCUUUUGCAAGAGAAAGGGGAGAACAUGAAAUGAAAGAAACGAUUCUUAAUGCCAAAUCUCGCUUCCGUGCAUUUUACGUCUCCCGAUUCGAGAUGCUUAAUGAGCAGUUUUUGACAGGAAAUUCGAUGUCUGCAUUUAUUGAGUUCUAUGAACAUGGAGAGAGUUUCCUUACAAGUCUUAUAGAGGGAUGUUACGAUUCCAAGACUUCUGACAAUGCUUUUCGAGCUCUGGUAAAAGCAGAGCUAUUUCUAGACAGCCUAUUUUGGUGCGAGGGCGACAAGAUUGACAAAAUUUACGAUUCAGCAAUUGAGGCAGCCAGGAAGGAUGGGAGCAACGUGAUCUACAGGCAGUUACUUGUUUCCUUGGCUUUUACUGAAGUAACUUUGGGUUCUCAAGGAAGGACGAUGCAGCUUCUUUCGGAAGGGAAGUAUGAGCCAUCGAGCCCUUCAGUAGCGGUUGAUGAUAGAGGAAAACACCUGUGUUGCAGCGGCAUCUAUCAACUGGUUACCGGAAAAACAGAGAACGGAGUUCAACUUCUACAAGAGGCUCUUUGUUUACUGAAUGACACCCCCGAACAGAGGAUUCUAAGAAUUAUCACGUUCCAGAUGCUUGCUAUUUAUCAUCGAUUUAAAAAGAACUCGUCAGGAAUGUCAAUGUUCUACAGCAAAGCGCGCGAGGAAUGCAGAGUAGUGGGAGARACACACCUUCUUAUUAUUCCUGCAAUGGAAAAUACAGACAGGGAGAAUGGAGAAGAAGAAAUGGUCCUCAGAAACUCCGAAAACGUAAUUAAUCCUCCACUUACCGUAGAAGUUCUUUGUCUCGUGAGCAAAGCAACAGAACAUUUACCAGAUGCUGACGUAAAGCGAUCUGCAAGCAACACUUUGCUAAAUAUAGCAAAAGAGAUCGAAAAACCACUCCUCCAAAGUUCAAUUGGUUUGUUUAACUUUCAGCGCAAUGUAAACAGAAUACUUCAGAGUUUGUCAAGCAGACGUGAAGACGCAGCCAAACUGUCCGCGGAAAGGAUCAUGUAUCACGAGAAGGCAAUUGAAAAAUGCAAGAGAAGCAAAGAGAAUUCGCCCAUCCACGAACCAAACUCCGCGACUCUGGCACUUCAUCAAGAAGCACUAGCAAAGAGCUAUGCUGACCACGCAAACAUUCAGUGCAAAAUGCAAAACUAUUCACAGGCUGUUCAGUCUGCACAGUUCGCACUUGAUAUCAGACUUGAACUGUUUGGAGAAGAACACUCAAGCACAGGCUCACUCUUUUGA